CACACGUCAGGGGAAAGAAAUAAAAAAUGUUAUCUUCUGGUGUGGCCAAAGCAAGGCCACACACACUGACAUGCUGAACCCGAGACCUCAAAGCUCCUUUUAGGAAUACCCAACCUACUCCAUCACCUAUUGUUGCCGAUUGGCACGUCUUGGAAAAACGUAGCCGUUUACCCUUUCCCCUUUCCCCUUGACUCUUUAUAUAUAACAUCCCCCAACUAUCUUGGCAUUCCAUUCACUCUCCAAUCCAUUGUUUUCUGUUACUGGCAAUUUUGACUGAAUCUCAUGGAAUCCGAGUUUUCUGAAAUGGCAGGAGGAGGACGGGAAGUGACUAUCCCGCAAGAUUGCGUCGAAUCCAUCCUUUCCCGUACCUCCCCUCAAGAUGCCUGUAGCUUGUCGCUUGUUUCAACUACCUUUAAAUCGGCUGCGGAAUCCGACGCCGUUUGGGAAAGCUUCUUGCCGCCAGGAUACGAGGUUUUGAUUCCCUCAUCGCUCUGUUUCUCCACCAAGAAAGAGCUUUAUCGUCGCCUAUGUGAAAGGCCUGUCCUCAUUGAUGGUGGCCGAAAGAGUUUUUCAUUGGAAAGAGGGAGUGGCAAGAAAUGUUACAUGCUGUCUGCCAGGGACCUCUUUAUUGUAUGGAGUGACACUCCAACUUACUGGAGAUGGGUUUCUAUACCUGAGUCCAGGUUUGAAGAGGUAGCAGAGCUUAUUAGUGUUUGUCGGCUUGAAAUUCGUGGGAAUAUUACUCUCUCCAUGCUUUCACCCAUGACACGCUACAAGGCUUACCUUGUGUUCAAGAAAACAACUGGAGCUUAUGGGUUUGAUAUCCAUCCUGUGGAGGUUAGUGUUGGACUAGUUGGCAAUGAGGGCAGUAUGAAAACUGCCUAUUUGGAUGCAGAAAGAGGCGGAAGACAGCGUUACCAGAUUGUACCAAGAAGGCGAAUUGGGCGGGGAUUUAACCGAAGCCGUUUCUUUGGGUUGCACUCAUCUGUACCUACUAGUCCAAGUGAUGAUCAGUAUCCAAAGGUGAGAGUAGAUGGGUGGCUGGAGAUUGAGCUGGGUGAAUUCUUCAAUGAGGGUGGCGUUGAUGGGGAAUUGGAAAUGAGUGUUUUGGAGGUAAAGUUUGGUCGCUGGAAGGGUGGCCUCCUUAUCCAGGGGAUUGAGAUCAGGCCUGAUCCAUGUGUCUCGGACUCGAGUCAAUAGGUAUGUUCAAUUUUUUCUAAAUUGUUCAUCUAUUAGGUGGUCAAAAAGCCAUACCCUUUUUCAUCAGAUUUUUGCCAUAUACGGGUACUACUGCAGAAUUGAAGAGUUCGAAGCAACCUAAUAAAACAACAUUUUUUUGCUUCAAGUACUUGAUUGGCUUGAGAAAUUGUAUCAAAUGCGUUUCGCGUAUUUAUGGGUGAGCAUGGCUCGCGAACGUGUCAAUUGUAACAAUUUUGAAAACCUCCUGUUAAGCAUUGUAGUAACAAAGUAAUUUAUCCUUGUGAGAAAAUAUAUGCUCAGACUUGUUUUCCUUU